GGAAAUAAAAUUGACUUUUGAGGCAUUGUCACCUAACUUUUGAGGACUUUUCCUUGAAGAUGAUAAGGCAUUGGAACCUGACUUUUGAGGUGUUUUCCUUGAAGAUGUUUAAGCCCAACUAGCUAUUCUCUCACUCCCUGAAAAGGCUUUCAAUUCAACCCCAAGAAAUGGAUCAAGAGUUUUUCGAUGCAAUUAAGAAAAAUGACAUGAUCACAUUUUCAAGCAUAGUGAAAGAAAGAGAAGGAAUUCUUAACCAGAAAACAGAUGAUACCUUCAGCGCUCCAUUACACCUUGCUUCCAAGUAUGGUUGCAUUGAAAUGGUGUCUGAGAUUGUUAAAUUAUGCCCUGACAUGGUUUCUGCUGAGAAUAAAAACAUGGAGACUCCAAUUCAUGAGGCUUGUAGACAAGAGAAUGUCAAGGUUUUGAUGUUGCUUCUGGAAGUCAAUCCAACAGCUGCUUGCAAGCUUAAUCCUACUUGUAAAAGUGCUUUUCUUGUAGCUUGUAGUCAUGGUCAUCUUGACUUGGUGAACCUCUUGUUGAAUCUAUCUGAGAUUGUGGGGCAAGAAGUAGCAGGGUUUGAUCAAGCUUGUUUCCAUGUUGCUGCAGUAAGAGGGCACACAGAUGUCGUUAGAGAGCUGUUGAACAAGUGGCCGGAUCUUAUUCAAGUGAUCGACGAGAAAGGGAAUACAGCAUUGCAUCAUGCUUGUUAUAAAGGACACUUUGAGAUUGUAUGGAUCCUACUAAGUCGCGAUUCAAAACUUGCUUUACAAUACAACAACAAUGGUUAUACACCAUUGCAUCUUGCAGUGAUUAAGGGGAAAGUCUCAACCCUUGACUAUUUUGUGGUAGUAAGUACUGCGUACUUUCACUAUCCCACAAGAGAAGAAGAGACAGUACUUCAUCUAGCUGUGAGAUAUGGAUGUUAUGACGCUUUAGUUUUCUUGGUGAGAGUUGCCUAUGGUACAAAUCUAGUGCACAGACAAGAUAAAUAUGGCAACACUGUCUUACAUCUCGCAGUUUCAGGCGGUCGCCAUAAGAUGGCAGAUUUCUUGAUCAACAGGACAAAAGUGGAUAUUAAUACUAGGAAUAAUGAAGGGCUCACAGCUCUUGAUAUUCUUGAUCAGGCUAUGGACAAUGCCGAAAAUAGACAACUACAAGCCAUAUUUAUCAGAGAUGGAGGUAAAAGAAGCACACCAUCUUCUUUUUCACUUGAACUAGACAACACCAGUUCUCCCUCACCAACAUCUAGGCAUUCUUUGUCACGAAGGUAUAUAUCGAAGGAAAUGGAAGUGCUGACUGAAAUGGUUUCUUAUGACUGUAUAAGCCCUCCACCAGUUAGCGAAAGCACUGAAUCUAUAUCACCUCAGCCUCAAGUAAGUGAGAGAUUUGAGAAUGGAACCUAUAAUCCAUACUACUUCUCGCCAACAAAUUUAGUGAAACAAAAGCACCAUCAUAACAAAGGAAAAAUUGAAAAUGUGAAUCAUACUAAGAGGAAACACUAUCAUGAGAUGCACAAAGAGGCAUUACUAAAUGCAAGAAACACUAUUGUGUUAGUGGCUGUUUUAAUUGCUACUGUAACUUUUGCUGCUGGUAUUAGUCCACCUGGUGGUGUGUACCAAGAAGGACCGAAGAAAGGUAUAUCAAUGGCUGGUGAAACAUCAGCUUUUAAGGUAUUUGCAAUAAGCAAUAUCAUAGCACUCUUUACCUCUUUAUCUGUGGUUAUUGUUCUUGUUAGUAUCAUUCCAUUUAGAAGAAAACCACAAACAAUACUAUUGACCAUUGCUCACAAGGUUAUGUGGGUUGCUGUGGCAUUUAUGGGAACUGGUUAUGUUGCAGCUACAUGGGUGAUUUUGCCACAUAAUCAAGAGAUGCAAUGGCUAUCUGUUGUGCUACUAGCACUUGGCGGUGGCUUUCUAGGCACGAUAUUCAUUAGUCUUAGUGUGAUGCUUGUUGAACACUGGCUUAGGAAAUCCAGUUGGAGAAAGAAAAGAAAGGAAAGCGGAGACGGAACUGCUGAAUCAGAUAAGGAAAGUGAAGAUUCAGAUUUUCAAAGCUCUUAUCUACAGGGUUAUCAUUCAUAUUGAUUAAUUUGUUGGCUCUUAAAAUGAAAAUAUUAUGUUCUAUGUGUAGAAAACUUGUACAUUCAUAUUACUUAUGAAAGAAUAUUAGUUAUUGCAAAA